AUUCGGGGCUUCAGCUUGAAAGAGGAAGUUGUCUCGAAAACAGCUGCCCUCGCCCCGCUGCGUGCGGCCGCAUCGCCGGCACUGCGGACCUCAGUGGCAGCUCUGGGUCUCGCCGCGCUGCUCCGGAUGAGCCCGCGGGGCACGCAGGUGAGACCCCGGACCCGAGGCCAUGCCCGUGCGCAGUGAGCAGCAGCCGUGCACUCAGCAGCCUUGCAGCCGUGCCCACGCUCUGCUGCAGCCCCAGCCCAGCCAUGGAGAGUGCAGAGGUGGAGUCGGACAUCCUGCGCCGUGUUCGCACGCUGCUGCGCGAGCUGGAUGGCCACCACCCUGCCUGCCAGAGUGACCGAGGGAUGCUACGAUGGACCCUGCACAAAAAAAUUGACCAGAAUCCCAGUAACAGCCCCAUCCUGGUCCGGAUCCUGGUGAAAGAGCUGGAGAGGGCAGAGCGAGGUGACUACAGGCAUUACAUCAUCCCCCUGCUGCACACGCUGAUGUACGCCUUGAUCAAGGCUCCCUGCAUCUCCGACGAGCUCUGCAGCAGAGUGUAUGAUUUCUGCACGAAGCUGCUCACCCUGCCCAGGCCUUUCUGCACCAUUGGUUUGGACUAUGCUGCCAGGCUGAAGAUGGAAAGGAUGGCACCAGGGAUGCUCUACCAAAGGAUGGUGAUUUCCGAACAAAGUCUUAAAAGCGACCCCUACCCCUACCAGGAAAAGAUUUUCAUCUUCGCCGACCCAGAGCUGCUCUCUGAAGCCAUCUGCAAGGCUCUGCUCAGCGACACGGAGGCAGCUUGUGUCUCCCAGAGCCCACAGGCGUGUAUGUGCUGUGUGAUUACCCACGCUAUGCAGGCAGCCCUGGGCGAGGGCUGUGACCUCAGUGCCUUGAGGAUGCGGCUCCAGGGCAUGGCCAGCAGCGAGGUUGAGCACUGGUUCCAGGAGGUGGUGAUGGCCGUCGAGUGCACAGGGAGCAAAGUGGCUGCAGACCGUGGGCAGCACAUGGAGAGGCUGCAGAGCAUCUACAGUGCCAUCCUCAGUUCCUCACCACCAGGUGAUGCUCCCCUGGAAGGGCUGCAGGGCACCCCACUGCCCAACCCUAACAUCAGCUUCCACCUCUGGACAGAAGAUGAUCAGCUCUGGAAGGAGCUGGUGCUGUUCAUCCGCCCGCUGUCACAGAGCUGCGAGCCCGAUCACCUGAGCCAGGACCUGGACAACUUUGAGAUCCAGGACAUCAUUUCAGACUGCGAGUGCUGUGAGCAGACCCGCUUCUCCGUGCUCUCCACCGACAGCGGCAUCGAGAGAGAUCUGCCACCGACUUCCGAGGAGCCCUUAGCCCCGUGCAGUGCUGACACAGAGCAAUCCCGGCUCCAUAGGAAAGGUGGCAUUAAAAAAAAGCCCUCGCCGCUGGAGAGCGUGGCCUUCCUGCAGACUGGCUGCAACGGCCCCGGGGUGAAACCUGCAGCCAAAGUGCAGAGGAGAGUGGGGAUCCCCACUGAGCCCGUGGCCCCCUUGUUGAGGCUGCACACUGCCCGCAUUGUGCUGCUGGGGGACGACCGCAUCCUGGGGCGCCUGGCCCAAGCCUACCACUCCCUGCGGAAGCGAGAAACACGCCGUGUCUUCCUGACCCCAAGGCUAAACCUGCAGUUCUACUACGUGCCCGUGACCGGGCAGCCAGGCACGCUGGCAGCUGCGAACCCCUCUGCCACCAGCCCUGAGGAGCUCUGCGAGGUGGCCGCCUACCUGGGCAGAGCCGAUCCCUGGUAUGAGAGCAACAUCAACACGCUGUGCCACGUGAUCCCCAAGCUGGCCACCAUGCCUUCCUCUCCAAGCAAGCAUCUGGUGACCGAUCUCUUCAUCACUGAUGUGAUUGCCUACUAUGUCCGUAUGGGCGCCCAGCCCGUCUGCUUCCAGGUGUACGCAGUGAAGGUUUUCUUCAGCAGCUCAGCUCAGGAGCCAGCUGAGGACGUGUUCCUCACGGAGCUGUGUGCCCAGCUGCAGGACAGCAUCCCCCCCAGAGAGGUAAACCCAACCAAGAAGAAGACGACCCUGGAUGGCCCUGGCAUAGAUCUGACUGUAACAUACAGGAAGGUCGUGGUGAGUGACCGGGCAAAGGAGGUGUCACUGUCCCUGCGCUCCACAGGUCUCUCCAUGAAGGCCAUCCCUGCCAAUGCGGCUGAAGAUCUGGCGUGUCUAAAUGUGGACAUCACUGAAGUCGUUAGGAUCAACAACUUGUCAGGACGAUCCUUCUCAACUGUGGCAAACAAGCUGAAGACGUGCAACAUCAAAAUCGGGAGCACGGAGCAGAGGCCCUUCACACUGUGUCUGGACAAGGACAGCAGAAGGACCUACAGGAGUGUGAUCAGCCUGGAAGUGUCUCCUUGCCUAGAGCCCAGCUACUGCCUGCAAAAGUCAAGGACAAUGAAAUUCAGUCCGCACGAAGCAGAGGAUGUGGGACUUGUGAAAUACAUGCCCAAGUCUCUGCUGCUGCCCAUCAACACAUUUGCAGGUGUCAUCCAAUGAAGAAAAGGAGAAAAAGCCAAUGUGCAAGAUGCAGCACCUGGGUCGUGAUAGAAGACGUGGAAAAAAGAAAGCACACUAAGAAGCUGCCAACAGUGGAUUUGCAACCAGGUGUUUCUAAAGCCUUCUAAAGCUGCAAAGGCAGAGGUGGGCAGGGCUUGGGAAGGACAGCUGUGUGCCAAGCUGUGGUGGCCACAGCCUGUGCUCCCUGGCAGGGCAGAGCUUUCCUGAAUGACUGAGAGAUUUGACCUUUUGCACAAGUGGUGAAAAACCUCCAAGCUUUUCAUUUCAGGGAAAGGACUGGAGAAAAUAGAGCCGAGGUGAUGGUGCUUGCUGUGCUUGUGGAUCAGAGAGCAGUUGCUAGCACUAGUAUUUAUUGGGUUGGCAUCUCCUGGCCUGAUGUGCCUGUGUGUCCAAUGCGUGCAGUCAGUGGGACAGCCACUGUUGUUGCAGAGGGACUAUGCAAGAACGAUGGGUGGUGUGAAGCAGAGACACGAGAAAUCCAGUGCAAUAUUUGGCAGUGAUGUACUCAGGUUGCCCAGGCAGCACAGCCUGGCUUUGUUUUGAGAAGCCUGCAGAACCCCUGGGAGACUCCUCUGUUCCUUCCCCCUGCUGCUGUCAGGGUGUGGGAGCCCUCCCCUGGUUUGCAGGUGGGCUCAAACCCAUUCAGCUCUAUGGAGCAGUGUGUCCAAGGCCCAUCUUUGCUGAAGUAAUGGAAGAAACACGGUGUGCAACAUUG